AUGAAGUCCGAAGUCAAGAAAUCUAGUACCUUUUAUCGCCUUGAUCCUUUCCUGGACCGGGACGGACUCAUACGUGUUGGCGGAAGGCUAAGCAAGUCACAAGAGUUCUCAAAAGGCUUUAAGCAUCCUGUGAUCCUCGCGAAGAAAAUUUUGAUCGUGAAGUUCAUAGUUCGCGACGCCCAUAAGAAGGUCGCCCAUGCAGGCAGGGGCAUUACACUGAACGAACUAAGAAAUCAAUAUUGGAUACUUAACGCCAAUUCUGUUGUGCGACAUUUUAUCUCCAAGUGCGUGGUAUGUCGUCAUCUUCGUGGAACGACAGGUGAACAGAAGAUGGCUGACCUUUCUAAGGGGCGAAUAACACCCUUUCCUCCCUUCACGUACACUGGCGUUGAUUACUUUGGUUCCUUCUACAUCAAGGAAGGACGGAAAGACGCUAAACGCUAUGGAGCACUAUUUACGUGCCUAGCUAACCGAGCGGUGCACAUUGAAACGGCCGACUCAUUGGAAAUGGAUUCCUUCAUAAACGCCCAACGACGAUUCAUAGUAAGGAGAGGGCCAGUACGUGAGAUCAGAUCAGACCAAGGCACCAACAUCGUGGGAGAAGAGACAGUACUAAAGAAAGCUCUAGCCAAGCUGGACCAGCAGCGCAAUCGAAAGGAGUCUUUGCAGAGACUUCACUCCUGA